AUGAAGCGAUUAUCGUCUAACACUCAUUCCACUAUGUCGAGACCACCAAAGAAGCGGCAGCAGACAUCGUCAAGCAUGACAAAUCCGAGCAACACAGCUGUUCGAGGUUCUAAUGUGGGGAGAGAUAUUGCGAUCGAGGAAUUGCUAUCUGCUCGAACUCUAGCCAGCGCGCACUUGCUUGCAGUCGCGAAGCUCCCCCUAGAUAUCCUAUCCACGCGAUGGAGAGAGGGGAAGAACCGGCCAGUAGACGAAGGCCACAUAAACAGUCUAUGCCAGAGCUUUGUCAACAGGGGUAUAGGUCGGCAAGAUGAGGGGAAUUUCAUGAAGGUUGCAUGCAGCGCCCAGGCCGUUACCGCCAUCAAGACUUAUCUACACCAGAGCCGGGGCCAGACGGAGAAUGCAGCAGGGAGCUCGGAAUACGACGGAGCGAAUAAUCGGCCAUAUUCAACCCCCGAACCACUUGACUUCCGGGCAUGGGCUGAAGCCACCAAUGAGCUUGCAGAGGUUCUUGACGGGCAGCAUCGCCUAAGAGCAGCUCAGCAAGCGCUUGGCCUCAGCGACAAAAGCAAUAGAUGGUGGGUUUGUGAGGUGUAUGACAAAGACACGCUCCCAAGCGAAGUACGGCUUCAGCUCUGCAUGAAUAGACAAGAACUAAAGCUAGCUGAUCGUGAUGGGCAAAUUUGGACUCAGCUUGUGUCGAUGUUCAACAGUCCAGAGAGUGUUAUACGUGGUGAAGAAAACGCCGUUGAUAUCUGCAAGAGACUUGGAGCUGCCCUGAGGCUGGAUGGUGAAAACGCAACUAAGCUCCCAAAUCGGAUGUUGAUUAUAUUAAGAAACGAGCAGUGGAACCAGUUCACCACGUCAUGGUGCAAGACAGCUAUUGGGAAGGAGACUUUUAACGCUUCCAAGUGGGUCAAUAUGAUAGCCCACCGCCUCGACCAUUUCUGGAUAUCCCGCUUCCAGAGAGUGCUUGAUACUUUGGAGGCCCUCGACCGUGAGGUUGAUGUGAACGAAGGUCGCUGGACGCCUUCUGAUACAAUCCUUCUGAGUGACUGGGAGGCGCUUGCGACCUUGCUGCCCAGCGGCUACACGGAAGAAUCGUUGGAUCUUGUGUACCGAGAGAGACGAAAACCGCAGGGAUCCAAGGUCGGCGCGGCAGUGAAGGCGAAGGGGAAGAAAUCAACAGGCAAAGGAUUCCUCCCUUGGCUAAACGACAAUGAGGUCCGGCAGCUAGUGGAAUGCAUCAAGAGGGCCGGCUGCCCCGGAUUCGUCCACAUCAAACCUAUCCUUGAGAUCAGAAAAACCGAUGGCAAAGCGCUCGGCUACAUCAUGAGGCACGUCGUGGCCUGGGUGAAUCCGCACCCGAUGGACGUCAAACGGACGAAGAACAACAAGCCGCCCCUCUGCAAGGAUCUGAAGCCGGCAUUCCAGGAUGUGCGCGGCAGCUCCACCACGGUGGCCGAGAUCGCGCGACUGUCAAUUGGGCUGGAAGAAAAAGUGCUCGAACAUGCACUAAGCCUACCUAAGGAGCUCGAUUCCCUGAGUGGCUCGAUUCUCGAAGAGUUCCCAGCAGAAGACGAGGUUAACAGCGCGGUGUAUGCUAGUCGGUUCGUCGACAGCGAAUUAUGGCGAGGCAUCUUGAAGAUUGUCCGGGAUAGUCUAGGCCCCGGUUUUCGUCCUGAAUGGGCAACUGGUCAGCAGCAGGGCCUUGAUGGCGAGUCAGUGAUCGAAGCUCAAGAGAUCAACAUGAAGAAAGCAGUUUUAGCAAUGGUUGAUCAAACAUCUGGCACCCAAGACAUUAUUCAGCAUGCCUGGGCGCAAGACGGGGCGUCGCUUUCAAGGCUCAAGCAUAUGUUGGGGCAGACCAUUGAGAAGUGGCUUACUGAGGAAAGCGGCACUAGCAUGCACAAUUCAGACCAACUACAUCAAUCAAUUGAAAGGCCAACAAAGCAGCGGCGUGAACAAAAUGAGAGCCCGGCGGCGCCUAUGGUUAGGGACAGAGGUGUGGGCAAGAACGCAAAUGCCAGCAGAGGGGAAACGAGAACUAGUAGUGGAAAAUAUGGCUUGAAUAAUGCCCUUUCGCCACAACGAAUCAUUCCAGCGGCGAUUCAAGUUUCUGUCCAAGAACCAGGAGACCUCUCUCGCGGAGGAGGCAUCAGGCCCGGUUCGCCGAAGGUGGACAAAGGCCUUCGUGCCAACCACCAAGCAACACGUAUUCUCCCAUCCUCUUUGGGUGGCGGGGACGAUGUUGACGAGCUCAUGGUCCUCCCACCGCUCAGAAAUAACAACACCCGAACAGAAGUGUUCCGGAUUCCCAGCAGGAUCCACCAGGGCGUAGCAGCUUCUCGGACUGCAGCAAAAGCUCCAAUAAAGAAGCUGCCUGGCUGGGCCCACGGGCCUUUUGCGAGCCACGCCAGUCACCGCAGCUCAACCCCGUCGAUCGACGCCUUUGUCUACUUGGACAGCGAUCAUGAUAUGGUGAGCCCUGGAGAUGCUGUCGACAGCUCGGGAAACGGCCUGGAAGAGCGCCGUAGGCGUUCCAAAUCUCUUCUUAUCGUCACGGAUGAGGCAACUGACCCACCAUCGACGUCAAACACGCAGAGCAAUCACGCUGCCGGCGCCUCGGAAGAUUUGUUUCGCAGAGAGAGCCGGUUCUCUCCUGUUCCCGCACAAGAAGACAAUUACCCUGAUGUUGGAGAGCUGCAUAACAACAAUACCGGCGAGGGCCGAGACGAUGACGACCAAGUCAGUAGCUAUGAUGCGAUAGCUAUCGAGGACGCCGAGGCAGAAGAAGAACCUCCCAUAGAGGCAAGAGUCUCGGCCAGGGCACCAUCAUAUAAUCUAAUGCGAAUUGAAGGAGCACAUUUUAACGGUAAAGAGCCCACUACACCUUAUUCUGAUUGCUGCGUGUUUCAUUGGACAGCUGGGAGGCCAACUGCUAAUAUGUAUACAACAGCGGCGAAGUUCCGGCGGAGGGUGGAACAAACAAUCUCCAGCGCCGCAGACGCGAUCAAAUUUAUACAGAGGCAACACUCGGUCAACUACGCCGCCCAAUCCAGGAAGGUUGAUAGCGGCGACGAAGAUGCUCCCGAUCGGGUGAUGCCGACGUUCUUCCUCGACUUCCUUGCCAUCUUAGGCAAACCCGGCGAGGCCGUCUCCAAGGCUACCGAUAGUCAUCCUCUCUCCUCCAUCAGCAUCUCCUUCAAGGACUGGGCAGCUCCUUACUCCAGCAAACACCUCAAUGCCGCCCUGUCCUUUGGCCUAACCGGACGCACAUUUAAGAUUGGAGCCGAUGGAUUGGGGAUGACAUGGUUUAUUGUCGUUGCCCCCGAUCCUAGAGGAGCGACAUUUGGUGAUGGCCGCAGGGAAGAUGAGGGGGGAGACACAAACAGUGAACCGGACCGGCCAAACGGCCGAUCAGAGCGUCAAAACGGAAGGGGGGCCGGUUCCGGAGAGCGGGCCAAGCCAAAGGGAACGGCACUCAAGAGCUGGCGCGCAAAGAGAUUUAUUGAGUACUUCCACAAAUGCGUCAGCAGCACCAUCUUGGGGAGGGGGAUUGAGGAGUCGUGGCGCCUGUGGAGCCAAGAGACGGCGCAGAUAUCCCUGACUGACUGGGCAACAUUGCAAAGGGCACUUGUAUCCGGAUGGGACGAAUCAGUCGUGGAGAUGAGUGUUCAGGAUAGGUUCUGGGCAGGGACCCAGCUGGCAUUCCACGCAUACGGACCUCCAUUUGACCUGCGCGGGAGACCAUCAGCACCAGAAAGGGAUGCCGAUGGUGGAGCGGCGAGGCUGAUCCAUUACGCCGAGACCGCACCCGGCCUACGCCAACUAGGCUUGACUGUUGAUGCUAUUUUUGACCUUAACGCUAUAGACAACAUAGCCUAUGCCCUCGCCGCCGAUAUCAACUGUCUUAGCAACGAAGAGCCGAGUUGCCUGCUCGCAGACUUCAAAGAGGUCGAUGAUCAGUACAAGGACCGCAAGCUGGCCAAUCUCACGCACUACUCGCUGGGCUUUAACCCCCGGCACGGUAACUUCACAUCAAGCUUGCCCCCCGACUUUAUAGACAACGUGCUGCGGACGGUGUGCUCUAACAUGAGUUGCGAGAACGAUAACGCCGACAUAGUCACGCCCGGCUACUUCCAAGGCUACUCCAACAUCAAGAAGACGGUGCGGUUCAACCCACAGGAUCUCCUCGCAAGCCAGGCCAUUGCUACUGCCGCACUAUCCCUGCCAGCCUCAGGGCCGGGCAUCACGCCUGCGGCAAAGAAGACGCAACAGAAGCUGCUAGACCAACUGACGGGUGAAAAUAGCCCGGAGGCCAGAUUUCGUACAAUCCCCUUUGCGCGGGAAGCAAGCCGGCUUGAACAGUGCAUCGAGGAGGGUGAGUACGCAUUCAGGAUGGAGCAGGUCAUCACCGUCUCCGUGUCGCAACUACUCCCAGAACACCGCUCCAUGCCCAUGGUUCUGAGGCCGAUGACGCAGCUGAUCAGCUUCUUCCUUACGGCACAGAAGGAGUACACUCAGGUGCUCAGAGUAUUCGACCCCGAAGCAUUUCCCGGGGUGCUGUGCGCAUACGCCAGGCUCUUCGAGCUCAUCGCGGCCUCGAUGCUCGCCCAGUUCAAGCGCGGGGGAAAUGCAGGGCUCACGGUAGAGCUGGGAGAAGCCAUGGCGGCGGUUGACCGACUGGGGAGCUUCUGCUUUACUGGAGACAAGAGGGUGCUCCCAAGCACGACCUUCAGGUAUCUGGGCACGAUGGAGAGCAUCAAGAACCAUGCGUUCCCCUACAUCGACCCGGGGAGGCUGAACAUGGCCGGCCAGGGGAGGAUGAAUAUAAAGAACUGGCCUGGUGUGCAGAACCGCCGCGUGCACCUCCUACAGGCAGCAUCUCUACAGUACCACUACGGGAAGCAAGUGGCGGCAGGUCGGGAGUCCGAGGCUAGGGUCCAGCUUCUGUCGCAGGAUGCCUAUGCUGCGGCGGAGUAUAUAGAGGAGGUCUUCCGGAAUCAAUUUGUGCCCGAGAUGAGGCAGUUUUUCGCGGGGAGGAUCCGGAAGCUUCUCCAGAAGCGUGGACGCAGCGUCGAGCUUUCAGACGAGCAACGGGAGAAGCUCAAGAAGGGUCGCCUAUGCCUUGAUGACUGGGAGGCCACAGGUCAGGGCGGCACUGCUUCGUUCAGCUCCGAGAGAUUCGGCAGUAUCGUUGCGGAAAUCAACAACGCUCUAGAUGAAGGGCAAGGCCAGCUGAAGGAGGCGAUCACAAAUGACAAGCUGGAGCAAGAAAAAUACGUCGACCACAUCCUGGGAGCUCUCCAAUCCAGCAGCGACAAGGCAAUGGACAGGACCCUCAGCUCGAAGAACAUGACGUGGCUGGCCGUCCUGAGUUCUCUCUUCAGGCAGACGUACAGCAAGAGGAAUCCGGAAAAGUCAACCGAGCAGUGGCGAUACCACAUCGGGUCGGCGCUCAGACGCAACCGCGUUGAAUGGACUCUUGGAAGCUCUCGCGGGACCAUCACGGCGACGAUUGCCCAAAUGGUGCUGCCGUCCAUGGAGAAGAGCUCGUUGGUCGGUUGGGCCAUGAAUCUACACCCCGGGAGUUUGAAGCGAAAAGCUGUCGAGUCAGAGAUCGCGCGGGAAAGCAAAAGGCACAAGGCUAAGGAGACUUGCAUUGACUUUGGGUGCACGUUCCCCCUCAGCGGUGGUCUCCUAGACGGGCUCGAGCGCGGCUUCAAACAGCUGCUGGAGAACUCGGGCCACAUGAAGGCACCCCACGCGGGGCUCACCAACCACUACAAGAAAGCGCACCGCUUGCUGGAAGAUCUUCAAGGAAAACCCGAGGUCGAGCUCCUCUGCAUGCUGGCUCUGACGGUGGGCAUGACGGCAGACAUGGUCGUGUAUAACGUGCCCAGGGGAAGAGGCGAGGAUGAAGUCGUCGGGUUCGCGAUAGCGGGCAAAAAGGUAAAGCAGAAGAGGGGAGGGACGCGGGUGGCUCUGCUGGCAAUACGGAUGCUGUGGUUCCUCGAGCCGGACCAGUUCGUGUGGAACAAAGCCCAGGGGCAGGAGAAGAAGGUGGAGGAGGCGACGAUGUACAGCACGCAGUACGUGCGUGAGGCGACAGACCAAUACAAGAUAACAAACAACAUGCUUGCGACAUUGGGCUGGAUUAACAGCAGGGACAAUCAGCUGAAUGCGAGGUCAGAGAUGCUCCGUAUAGCCAGCCCAGAAAGACUGCGAGCACGACUACGGCUGCUGCGAAGUCUGAUGAGCAGUCCGGCGGAUUUCAUCAGAGAGGUGUUCCAGAGCGACGACCCAAAGUGGGUUGAUCAAUGCAGGGCUAUUAUUAAUGAGAAGCCAUAG